UAAGCAAGAUGCUGAAAUGGCUACCGUAGUAUUUCCUAGCCAACUUCCGUUGCAUGGUGAAGGUGAACGUGUCACAUCCUGUGGACAACCGGCCAUUAUCUCGUAAGAGCGUGCCCUCGUAAGGGUUGGGAUAUUCGGGCAAGAUGGGUUUUGUUAAAGUAGUUAAGAAUAAGCAAUACUUUAAACGAUACCAAGUUAAAUUCAAGAGGCGCCGUCAAGGAAAAACUGAUUAUUAUGCUCGAAAGAGAUUAACUAUACAAGAUAAAAAUAAAUACAAUACUCCUAAGUAUAGGCUGAUUGUGCGACUGUCUAACAAAGAUAUUACUUGCCAGGUGGCCUAUUCAAGGAUUGAAGGAGAUCGAAUUGUAUGUGCUGCUUAUAGCCAUGAACUUCCAAAAUAUGGAGUAAAAGUAGGCCUUACCAAUUAUGCAUCUGCAUAUUGCACUGGUUUACUUUUGGCACGAAGAUUGCUUAAGAAACUAGGCCUGGAUACUUUGUAUGUUGGUAACACAGAGGUAUCUGGUGACGCAUAUAAUAUUGAGGAAUUAGAUAGUGGUCCAGGUGCAUUUAGAUGUUAUCUGGAUACUGGUUUAAUGCGUACUACAACAGGUGCAAGAGUUUUUGGUGCUAUGAAAGGUGCAGUUGAUGGUGGCCUUGAUAUUCCCCAUAGCACUAAGAGAUUCCCUGGUUAUGAUAACGAAUCAAAGAUGUUCAAUGCAGAAACACAUAGGCAACAUAUAUUUGGUCAGCAUGUUGCCAACUAUAUGAGAACUCUUGAAGAGGAGGAUGAUGAAGCCUUUAAGAGACAAUUUUCGCAAUAUAUUAAGCAUGGAAUUUCUGCAAACGAUAUUGAAGACAUCUACAAGAAAGCUCAUGAAGCCAUUCGAGUUAAUCCGCAAUACGAGAAGAUCGUUAAAGAGAAAGAACCAAUUAAGAAAAGGUGGAAUCGCGCUAAGUUAUCAUUAUCAGAAAGAAAGAAUCGUGUAGCUCAAAAGAAAGCUUCUUUUCUUCAGACAUUAGAAGAAGCAGAGACAUAAUGUAUGAAAAAAAGAAUAAAGGAUACACAAUGAAUUUGUUUUAA